CACGCAGCCAAAGAGGAAGUCGGUGGUGGAGACUGCAGGCUGCGUUGCUCGGAGCUGCUCRAGUGGAGAAGGAGAAGGAGCAGACAUGUGGCAGGAGGUCCUUCCCAACGCCUGGGAGAGCAUCUUGUCCCGGAUCAGGUCUUUUGAAUUUUCUCAGAAGAAGGGAGUCCUGCUCCCUGCAGCUGCCCUGGGGGUUGGAGGGAUGCUGCUUUGCUGGAUGAUGUCUAGACGYAAGAUGAAGACUCUUGAAAUGGGUGAUGGAUGGUGGGGCACAGGUGAAAAAAAACUAAAAGAAGAUGAAAGAAUACGGCCCUUCCGGAUUGAAACAUCUGACAAAGAAAUUCAGGACCUGCACCACCGCCUCGACCAGGCCCGCUACACGCCGCCGCUCGAGGGGGCUGCCUUCCACUAUGGCUUCAACUCAGACUACCUGCAGAAGGUGGUCGCCUACUGGAGGAACCAGUUUGACUGGCGCAAGCAAGUGGAGAUCCUGAACAAAUAUCCUCAUUUCCAAACCACCAUCGAAGGGAUCGAUAUCCAUUUUAUCCACGUGAAGCCUCCCCACRUCUCUCCUGGCCAAACUGUUUAUCCCCUGUUGAUGGUGCAUGGCUGGCCCGGCUCCUUCUAUGAGUUCUACAAGAUCAUCCCUCUGCUCACGGAGCCGGCCCAGCACGGCCUCGGUGAGGACGACGUUGUGUUUGAGGUCAUCUGCCCAUCCAUCCCAGGCUACGGCUUCUCAGAGGCACCUCACCAGAAAGGGUUUGACACCGUAGCAGCUGCUCGGAUAUUUCACAAGCUGAUGAAAAGGCUGGGCUUCAAGGAGUACUACCUACAGGGAGGAGACUGGGGGGCUCAAAUUACUACCAACAUGGCCCAGAUGCUGCCACAGUCUGUGAAAGGACUUCAUCUGAACGUCGUCUUCAUAAUUACAUACAGUUUGAGGAUGUUUUUGUCUGUGAUGAUUGGGGCUUAUGUACCAUGGCUUGUAGGCUUCACCAGAGAAGAUGCUCGUCGUAUGUACCCUUUUGUCCAGAAGAACAUACAUUACAUUUUGCGAGAAUCUGGAUACCUACACCUCCAAGCCACCAAACCAGACACUGCAGGUUGUGGAUUGAAUGACUCCCCUGUGGGGCUUGCUGCAUACAUUUUGGAGAAAUUCUCUACCUGGACCAAUAGAUCUUUUGUUCGAAAGGAUGACGGAGGCUUGGAAAGCAAAUACUCUCUCGAUGACCUCCUGACCAAUGUGAUGAUUUACUGGGUGACCUCCUCCAUCGUAUCCUCAGUGCGUUUCUACAAGGAGAACUUCUCCAGGAAUAUCACUGAUCUUCAGAGGUACAGUGUACACGUUCCCACUGGGGUUGCAGCCUUUCCUGAGGAGCUGGCACAUACACCACGCACCUGGGCGAAGAAGAAAUUAAAGAACAUCGUUAGCUACACUUACAUGCCGCGUGGGGGGCACUUUGCUGCCUUUGAAGAGCCGAGGCUCCUGGCCCAAGACAUCAGGCAGUUUGUCAGGAAGGUGGAGCAGCUGUGAGCCUGCAGCUGAAGCGGGGCACGCUGCUCUGCUGCCGCCAGGAGCGCUGCUGGGAGGGAUUAAAGA